AUGGUCUGGCUAAAGGUGGCUGGGAAUUUAUUUGGAAGAGAUCCUGUUCCAGACUGGGACACGACACUAACGCACAUGCUUACUGGUUUCUAUGAUCGCCUCACCUUCAUACUCUUGAGGCUGGCCCUGCAAGUCACGAUAUACUCUAUCUGGCGUGAGCGCAACGAGAGAAAGCAUGGUACCGGAAACAAAUCAGUAGACCAGCUAGCAAGGCUAAUAGACAAGACCAUAAGGAACCGCAUCACUUCCCUCAAGUACGCCCUCAACCCGCAACUACAAGGACUGAUGAUUCGCUGGUUCGAAGCGCAUGACAACAAACUCUAUAGCUGUACAGUUUCUCUCUUGAAGUGA